AUGUGUCACGUCUAUGUCGCCAAAACACCGGACAUGGAUCCACCACCUAUUGUUGAAGAUCAACCAGGCGCGUCGGAUCUGGACCUCACCCGGGACUCAGAUCAAGAUUAUGAUGGAUGUGGAUACUACCAUGAAAGAAGUGAUCCGUACGCGGAAGAUGUCGAUGGUCAGAUGGCGGGACUGCCUGAAGUGCCCGUGACGACGGAAGAUGUGAAGAUUGAGGACAUUCAGCUAUGUGAAUCUGGUAAUCAGACCCCAGAAGAAAUUGAUCGAAUGCACCAAAGGAUCUGCAAGUUCAGGCACCACUUGAUCGGCAAAGAUAAUGCCCUGCUGCCGCCCGCCCGGGGUGUUGCAUGCGACAUCGAUGUCGGAGGAGCGAGGCCUAUCGCCCUGAAGUGUCAUAAGUUGCGGAUCCAGUUCAGGGAUAAGCUGGCAGACUUGAUCAAGGGUUUUUUAUCUGCCAAGAUGGUUAAUUACUCUAGAUCACCGUGGGCUUCCCCGAUCGUGGCGCUCAUUAAGAAGAACGGAGUGGAUAUCAGGCUGUGCAUCGAUUACCGGUUGGUUAACAGUCUAACUCACCUGAUGAUCUAUUCGAUGCCCUUGAUCAACGACUUACUUGAAGAUCUGGAGUCGACACUCUGGUAUUGUUUUUUGAAUAUGGCAAGUGGAUUUUGGGUAGUGAAAAUGACGGAUCGUGCUCGUUGGAGCUCGGCUUUUAUCACCUCCUGUGGCCUAUUUGAAUGGAAUCGAAUGCCCUUCGGCUUGAAUAAUGCUCCCCAGAUCUAA